AUGGCGGCGCCCGGUUCGGAGAUGGAGACGGCGGCAGCGGCGGGACUGGAGGAGCUGGUGUGCGCCCGGGGGCGCAACCGCAAGGCAGUGCUGUGCCAGCGUUGCGGCUCCCGCGUCCUUCUGCCUGGGGCAGCUGUCUUCGCCCGCAGAGAGCUUUUCCUUCCCUCCAUGAAGAAGAAGACAGCACUGGUGGCAAACAGUGACCCAGAUGGAGAUGUGCUGCAAGACCACUGGCUGGUCAAUGACAUGUUCUCUUUUGAAAAUGUUGGCUUCACUAAGGAUGUUGGAAACAUCAAGUUUCUGAUCUGUGCAGACUGUGAAAUUGGCCCCAUUGGCUGGCACUGUUUGGAUGACAAAAAGAGUUUCUAUGUGGCCUUGGAUCGGGUGUCCCAUGAAUGAGGUGCUGAAGCAUGACUAAAGACAAAUGACUGGGUGUCCUAGCAGCUGGCUCAUUCCACAUUAUAAAUAUCCUGUUAGUUUGUAAUGUCACUGUGCAGCCCUGAAAAUGGCAAAAAAAAAAAAAGAGGUGCCCUACCAUGGUGCUUCAAAAGAAGGAUCUGUAUACAUAUUGCAAAUGAGUUGCAGCUUCCUUGAACCUCUCCCUUCCCUUUUCAGUGUCAUCCUUAUUUCUGUUCCAGGGUAAUAUAGAUUCCUCAGGUAUAUUCUGAGAUGAAGACUUUGGCAGUUCACCAUCUUUAAUAAUUGAAACACAAAAUUAAAUACGGUUGAAGCAUUUGUCCUUUGAAGAGUAAAUGUAGAAAACAGUUCCUUUCAGCAGCGCAUAACCAGAUUUAAGGCUUUCUGGUAUAUUUUGGACCAAAGGGUGUACCUCAUUUGACUAUGUUUACAAGCAUUGCUGCUAUAUUUCUGUCAGUUUCCAUUUUGUAACAUGAUCUGGAUAAGCUUGUGCUUUUAUUGAAAGCUGUGUCCUGAUUGAUGGACACUGCAGAUUUGAAAAAAGUUGAAUGAAAGUCACAGACUACAAGAAAUUGAUGUCACUGACGUCUCAAAGCAUUGUGAAUAUUUUUAUUUCAUUAAAUUUAAAUCUGUA